CCCUCCCGAUCAUGUGAUUCAGGUGUUCCAAUCCCCUCCAUAUCAUGUGAUUCAGGUGUUCCAAUCCCCUCCCAAUCAUGUGAUUCAGGUGUCCCAAUCCCCUCCCGAUCAUGUGAUUCAGGCGUUUUAAUCCCCUCCCAAUCAUGUGAUUCAGGCGUUCCAAUCCCCUCCAAAUCAUGUGAUUCAGGCGUUCCAGUCCCCUCCAAAUCAUGUGAUUCAGGUGUUCCAAUCCCCUCCAAAUCAUGUGAUUCAGGUGUUCCAGUCCCCUCCAAAUCAUGUGAUUCAGGUGUUCCAAUCCCCUCCAAAUCAUGUGAUUCAGGUGUUCCAAUCCCCUCCAUAUCAUGUGAUUCAGGUGUUCCAAUCCCCUCCCAAUCAUGUGAUUCAGGUGUUCCAAUCCCCUCCCAAUCAUGUGAGUCAGGUGUUCCAAUCCCCUCCAAAUCAUGUGAUUCAGGUGUUCCAAUCCCCUCCAAAUCAUGUGAUUCAGGUGUUCCAAUCCCCUCCCAAUCAUGUGAUUCAGGUGUUCCAAUCCCCUCCCAAUCAUGUGAUUCAGGUGUUCCAAUCCCCUCCAUGGACACAGGUGUAUACAAUCCA